AUGUUUAUCGGAACGGCGUACGAAAGCCUGCAGGGAGCCCUAUACUUCUGGAGCUAUGCCUACUACCUUUCAAAGUACUAUGAAUUCCUGGAUACUGUUCUGCUGGCGCUGAAGGCCAAACCUUUGACAUUUCUGCAUGUCUUCCAUCACACCAUUGUGGUGGUCAUGGCAUAUCUGUGGCUGGACGCCGCACAGUCACUGCAGCAGAUAGCCUUGCUCACAAACACAGGCGUCCAUGUCCUGAUGUACUACUAUUACUUCAUGUGCACAAUUAAACGGCCUCCAAGGUGGAAAAAGCUGGUGACACAGAGCCAGAUCGUUCAGUUUGUAUUCAGUUUUGCUGCAUCCGUCCCAUUCUGGUGGAUGCAUGCAACCUCGGAGGGCUGCUCAGGCUUGGGGGCUAUGGUUUUCAAUGCCGCCUUCAACCUUCUGCUGCUUCUCCUGUUUGCCAAUUUCCAUAGGAAAAGCUACGCUGCAAAGAAGAGAGCUUGA